UUUAUUACAAGGUUGCAAGUUUAUGACAACACUGCCUCAGAUGCCCUUUGAGAUUAUAUCCUAACAAGGAAACUUUUUGAUAUACUUGAAACAAAGACGAAGACUGUCACAACUGUAACAUCAAUGAGCAUGUAUUUCAGUUAUCAGGAUUCAUAAAAAAAAAAAUACCAGGGCCUGUAAAGCGAAAAAUGAUUCUUGGUUGGCCUAUCGGUAAAGAACGGUAACUCGUAUUCCAUUUUGUGUGUGGAUAUGAGAUCUUCACACGGGAGUAUGCCAUGAACAAUUUCCUGUAUUACCUUUGGAGAUUUAGUGCCUAUGAAGAUGAUGGCGAAUAUUCCUGCGGAACUAAAUCGUUUUUGUACCUGUUCCAAGCGCCUGCGGACCAUUCUUACUGACACUAAGCGAUGUUUUGACGACAUAAACGAGGAUGGGAAACAAGAAGUGGGACAACUGUUUAUGGUGGAACUUCUCCAAGAAGAGGAAGAGGAAGUGUUGUCAACGGCAACCAAACCACCCGGGAUUGUGAUACUGGGUCAGAACAUCUAUACAAAAGCCCGACUCAUCAAUGAAAUCUUCAACAGAAACUUGUUUCCCCUGGAGUUCAGCGAAUCAGAAAAAAAUGGCAACUACCGCUCAGUGCGAUUCAAACAUGGACACAAUUUAUCCGUUAGUCUCCAGUUACCGGACGAUUACGACCUUGUGGACAACUUGGAGUCAUAUAAAGGACCAUGGAAAACGAUUCCGCGGAAAGACCUGGAAAUCAAUGACAAUGAGGUCGGGGACCCUGCCCUCGGUCUCGCCGUCCUGGAGGUGAAUUUGAACCACGUGCUCCUUCGACACGGAGCCAGGGUGAUAGUUUCGCCCUCCUCCCCCAACUGUGAUAUAAGGAAGGUGUACACGGACUGUGUGCAGGAAGUCUCGCCCAUACUCAUCUAUUGUUAUGAAGAUGAGGUCCUGCCAGAAAAGGAUCUUCAGUUAUUGAGAGAACUUUCCAAUGUCAGCCACUAUCAACCUGUGUGCUUUGUAAGAGUUCCUCCCCCUGGCCAGAAAAACAUGGACUUAGAUCCCCCAGAUGGCGCCCCAACUAGUCAAGAGGAUAUUCAAAAGAGGCUACAAAGGGAAGUAAUACAUGAGAAAGAGAGUCAUCAAAGUCCUAGUGUUGAUGAACCUGUUUAUAAGGUCAUGCCCGACUCUAGUUAUACUAGUGUGCCAAAAGAAAUCUUGACAAAAGUCCUUUCAAACUCUGAUGUGUUUCGACAACUCUGUAAAAUAGGAUACUUGAAUGAUUCACCUGGUGUGCGCAGCAUUCAGCAUUGUAUUGUGUCCGACUAUUAUGAGGUUGACAGUGAACUUGUAGAGAAUUUUGAACUCUUCCCUCAGAAGUUUUUACAGUUUCUACAGCAAAUUCUACAGAGGUACUUGGUGAAUUCUUCCACGGUUUUGAAUAAUUCCCAUGCUCGCUGUCUCAACAUGUUCAUUAUCUCAGCCUUUGACAUGGCAAGGGAUAUGCUAAUUACACCAAAGAAGCUGGAAUUUGCCAGAGAAAAGGAAAAUGAACUCUUUAAGCAGCUAAUGGAGAUGGCGUCAAAAAAAGGCGACGAAAUCAGAAAAAUGAUCGCAGAGACGAUAGGUGAUAUGAAGGAUCAACUGAUUCAAAAGGCGGAGGAAUACGAGUUUCUAGGUGUAGAUUUCAAUGAAGAUGGAGAAAUUCUCACCCAGAAAGGUCUGAAGAUCUGUACAUACCAGAUUCAGGAACUGGUUCUUGGGGCCCUGAACCAGGCAGUGGCUAAUAAACUGCUCGAGUCCAUCGACAUCCUACGCGAGUCCUACACAGGUACCCUUCAGCGAUGCCUGGAGAGUCUGGAGAGAAUUGACAAGACAGACGGCAAUGGUUCACCGGGGACAACCAGCGAGGCCCUCAAACAGAUCAUGAACGCAGCGUACCAAGUGGAAAUCAGUUUACAGUCCAGUUCUUCCUUCAUCAGGGUUAUACUGGAACGAAUGAAACAGAAUGUGAUUAUGAAGCUUGUCCAGUCAAUGCCAUGGAGCACACAGCCAAAAAUAGAUUUGGAGUGGAAGAGGAAGGCGGCCUCGGACAUGCUGAGUAGUCUUAGUGAGGCCAGAUUGGCCAAGAAUAUAUCCAGCCAGAUCAAAGAAAGGCUGAAUAAGUCCCAUGAUUCCUUUGCGAGUGCUCUGAAACAGUUGGAACAGAAACACUCAGGACGACUGGACCGUAUUGAGGAGGGACGACUAAAACUGCGGAAAGUUCACGCCCCGCGAGUAGCCAAGGUCGCUCUGGAGAGUACAUCACUGAUGGACGUAAUACUGAACGGCAUGCCCCAGAUGGGACGAGAGAUAGGGCGAGGUCAGUAUGGAGUUGUCUACUCCUGCGAUUCCUGGGGAGGGUACUCUCCUUGUGCCAUAAAAUCGGUUGUUCCCCCAGAUGACAAGCACUGGAAUGACUUGGCUUUAGAGUUUUACUAUACAAAGAAUAUCCCCCAGCAUGAGAGAAUCGUGGCCCUGCGUGGGUCAGUUAUAGACUACAUGUACGGGGGAGGGAGCACCCCCGCGGUUCUACUCAUCAUGGACCGCCUACAGAAGGACUUGUAUGGGGCCAUCAAACAGGGUCUGGAUUGGUUGUCAAGGAUUGUUGUAGCGAUUGAUGUAGUGGAGGGGAUUCGAUUUCUCCACAGUCAAGGCUUAGUUCAUCGUGACAUCAAACUUAAAAAUGUGUUGCUGGAUAAAGAAAAUCGUGCCAAGCUGACGGAUCUAGGUUUCUGUAAGCCGGAGGCGAUGAUGAGUGGGAGCAUUGUGGGUACUCCUAUACACAUGGCCCCGGAGCUCUUCACGGGACGGUAUGACUGCAGCGUAGACGUGUAUGCCUUUGGGGUUUUGUUCUGGUAUGUGUGCGCUGGAAACGUGAAGCUACCUGGUGCCUUUGAACAGUGCGCCAAUAAGGAUCAGCUAUGGCAGAAUGUUAAGAAAGGACUACGUCCAGAAAAGUUAGCGGUGUUUGAUGAAGAAUGCUGGACCCUGAUGCAGGAAUGCUGGGAAGGUGACCCCAUGAGGCGCCCCCUACUGGGAAAUGUGCAAAAGAGGCUGCAGGAUCUACUGUCCACUUACAAGAAAACCCAGGCAGCCAAAGCCAAGACACAGCAGCAGAGCAAGCCGCUGACCAGACGGAUUCCCUCCAGCGGAUCUAGAAGCCAAUUCUGUUGCCAUCCUGAGUAUUUGGAGUCAGGAAGCUUUGACAACUACCCUUUUGUAGAAAUUGAUGAGCAGCACUUUGAAUAACUUUCUUUUGACAGCUUUGCUUUAAUACUAAAGCAUUAAAUGUGCCUGGUUUUACAUCAAUAUUAUAUCGCAUUGUUUACCAGGUAGAAAAGUAUUUCAUGUCAACUCUGGUCAUGUACUUUGUAGCAAUGCUUAUAAAAUGUUAGAUUAAUUUUGAUAUAUGUAACCUAUUUGGGGUUUAAAAUAAGCUCUGUAAAUAUUGUCAUUUUUUAAAAUGUACAUUCCUAAGUGCUUUUGAAAAGAAAUUGUUUUUCGUAUAUUUAUGAUUAUUCAUACCUACAUCUUUGUAUAAUGCAUUAGUAGUACAUGUAUUUUGUGCAAUUCUUUUUACUAGUAAAACUACUUUAAAUUUAUGCAUUAUGAAUGCUCCACCAAUUUCUUGCUUUUUAUUAUCACAUGCAAUCAUUGACUGAUCAUGAAAGGUAAUUUUUUAAUUGUUAAACUUGAGCAAUUUUUCUUGUUAAAUUCUGUUACAUGUAAAUAAAUGUGUUUAUUAAUUUUGUAUUACAUGUAUUAGGAAUGGUUAACCAUUCAAAUAUUUUGGUUGUUUUGAUAUAUCCAGUUGAAUAUCAAAAUUUUGAUAUAUUGUACAUGUAUUAUGAUGAUGUAUUGAGAUUACAGUUCCUUACUUAUCAAAGGGUUUUGUUGUUGUUAAAAAAAAAUCAUUGCAUGCAUGGAUCUAGAGGAUGGGGUGAGACAUUUUCUAGAUCCGCAAUUGCAUUGUAUGUGCCACACAUACAUGAUAUUUGUAUAAAGCUGUUUUUCUGAGUAGUACAUGUACGUGAUAUGAUAUUGUUCAACUGUACAUCUGGCCUAUUCAUAAAUUUCAUUUUGUUUGAACAAAUUUGUACAGUAUAAAUAAACAUUCAAGUUUAGACUUCGAUUAAAACCCGCGGUCAGUCUUGCACAUGCUUAUUUAGCGUGGGACAACUUGCUGAAUUUUUCUCGUUUUCAUGAAUAAUUCAUGCCUUAUUCUGAUUGGUUCCUUCACACUUUUGUAGAGACAGUUCAUCUAGUCAUAUAUUGUCUGCUUGAAUGUAUGUUCUCGUAUCAUGAUCCUUAAAAAAAUAAAACGCUCUCUUAUUGGUUAACAGAAAAUAUUAAACAGUCAUGAAAACAUAAAAGUUGGCCAAUGGUCAGUAAAGGUGGGGGUUUCCCAUGAUGCAGUCUGAAAUAAUUGUUUAAAUCAGUUAUGCGCAAUCAAUAAUUUACCUGUAUUACGAAAAUGUGCUGUCAUCUUGAAAAUCCACACAGCGCGCAUCUAAACUGAUAGCGUUUGUUCCUAAUAAAAAUUGUGAAUGUUUUUAUUGGUUGUUUGAUAACUAUAUCGAUGCUGACACAUGUUCACUGUUUCUGUUAUUUCAGAUUUUUACACCAAAUGAACUAAAAUUGUUGUAGUCUUGAAUAAAAGCAAAUUCUUCCG